UUCAGUAAAUUCAGUUGUCCUCCAGCAGUCACGAGAGUUGGAGGUUAAAAAAAAAUUUUUUUUUUUAAAUUUCUAUUUCAUUAAUAAACAUGGAUUCGAUUUCAUUGAUCAGACAAAUAUAUAAUGCUAAAAUUGAAAAAAAAAACAAUAAUCCUUUUUUUUUAAGACCAUGGUCACAGGAUAAAGCUUUAGCUGCUCCGGCUUCUGGCAAUAUUGGUGUCAAAGGAAUCAUUGCCGGUGGAAUAACAGGUGGCAUAGAAAUCUGUAUAACUUAUCCAACGGAAUAUGUUAAAACGCAGUUGCAAUUGGAUGGAAAAGCAGGUGCCGGCAAACAAUAUGCAGGAAUAUACGAUUGUAUUACGAAGACAAUCAAAACAAAUGGAUUUCUUGGGUUAUAUCGUGGUUUGUCUGUACUUCUUUAUGGCUCAAUACCAAAAUCAGCAGUGCGUUUUGGUGCAUUUGAAUCCGUGAAAAAACAACUAGUCGAUGCCGAUGGUAAACUUAAUGCUCAACGACGACUUUUAGCUGGACUUUGUGCCGGCAUUUGUGAAGCAAUAUUUGCUGUAACACCAAUGGAAACAAUUAAAGUCAAAUUUAUUAAUGACCAACGGUCUGCAAAUCCACAAUUCCGUGGCUUUUUCCACGGUGUUCGUCUUAUAGUAAAAGAACAUGGUUUUAAAGGAGUUUAUCAAGGAGUUGUGCCGACAAUAAUGAAACAAGGUUCUAAUCAAGCAAUAAGAUUUUUUGUAAUGGAAACAAUGAAGGAUUGGUAUCGUGGUGGUGAUAAUAAUAAACCAGUUCCAAAGAUGAUUGUUGGAGUGUUUGGAGCUUGCGCUGGCGCCGCUUCAGUUUUUGGAAAUACUCCAAUUGAUGUUGUAAAAACGCGAAUGCAGGGUUUGGAAGCUUCUAAGUAUAAAGGAAGUUUAGAUUGUGCCGUUCAAGUAUGGAAAAAAGAAGGACCUAGUGCAUUUUAUAAAGGAACUGUUCCUAGAUUAGGUAGAGUAUGUUUAGAUGUUGCAAUCACUUUUAUGAUUUACGAUUCAUUCAUGGAACUCUUCAACAAAGUAUGGCCCUAAGUUCAUAUGAAGCAUUUUAUAAAUCAUAAAUUGUCGCAAUUCAGCAUAGAUAUAUUGGUGUCAUAUUAUAUAUAGAUUUAUUAAAUAAUGAAAGAAAUUGAUAUUUUUUGAAAUAGUAGAAAAUGAAAUUCUCGAUGUAAAUACAAUGAUUUUUAUACGUAAAAUAAUUUAUACAGUAACAGUAGAUUUUAAAAUUGACAAAUAUCUAUACAAAAUAUUAAUAAUGAUAAUAAUUGUGCUUGAGC